AGACACAACGGAGACGCGUCCGGAGAUUACUCGCACAUACACAGCUUUACUUGUGAGAUGUGUCUCUCAAUCGGCAGCGGAUACAUAAACAUCCCGACAGAUACAGUACAUUUCCAUGUGGAUUAUCCAUCACCCGGGAGGCUGAGUUACUGUUUUCCUGCGGACAAGCCGAAAAAUGUCUCAUUCUUUGAAUACUUGAGGAGUGACGACAACUUUCCUCCUUUUCGGACUUCACCAUACUAAUCGGCGCAGAUAAGAAGCGUGGAGCUACAACAAGAAGGAGAUUACCGGAUUUAACAAUGCAAACAGAUCAAUUCCCCGAUCAGGAUUUGCAAUUUUAAGCAGCAGGCAGUUUGGAGUCUGCAGCGGGGGACACCGAGCAAUGUUAUCUGCGGAGAUGCGUUGUUCGCUGAGGUUCAUGUCCGUGGAUGUUGCGGCUCGGUCGGGCUGCACACGGUGCCUUUGGGUGGCUGUGAUUGGACCGGACACAGACUGGGGCUGACUGAUGUUUGUCCGAGAGGAAAUGUUUUGGGGAGGAGAUCAAUAUGACUUACUGGCGCACGCGAGGGGGGGAGAUUGCCAGUCUUCACGAGCACACGUAUUACUAUGAGGACGGAGGAGAGCGUGCAGGAUUUCUUCUCUUGGAUUUAAAUUCAAAACAGACCUGAAAGCUCCUACCAUCAGACAUUUAUGUAUAUUUAAUGUGAUGCGUUUUGUUGCCUUUGCAAAGUGUUCCAAGAUUGUUACAAGUGGAUGUGGACAGUGUGUGUUUGCACUAAAGUUUUUUUCCCUGACUAUCAUGCAUGGGACUUUGAUAUUGCAUCACUCGUCUUAUAAAAUAUACAUUUUUUGAACUCUUGCACCUCCAACAAAUAUAUCCCACCUGGACUUUUACUCUGGAGUUAUGGGACGUUACGACAACAUUUUUAAGGAAGAAAACAAUCAGUUGCCUCAUUUCUAAAUGCAGUAAAAUGUACCCCCAAAUGCCCGGCAACAUGGCAGUGAACUGGGUUGUGUAUUCAGUUUUUAUACUCCCGCUGUUUGCAGUGGGGACAGCUUUCUCUGGGGUCUUCAACGCCACAGACAGAGACAUUUUUACAGAUGACUUGCUGCAGGUCAAGCUCACACAAGCCAGAGCGACCGAGCAGUGGAAACUCCAGUCUACUGAUUCCCAUCCCAACCUAUAUUUUAACCAAGUGGAUGUGUUGCACUUGAGGCAAAGGUCCUCCACCACCCACAGUCACAUAUUUAAAGUCAUCCGGGCUGCUGCGCUCACCAUGUUGUCUAAUGUCCCCUUUUACAUGCCCCCUGUGAAACAUGCAGAGUUUACAAGCAAGUGGAAUGAGAUUUAUGGGAACAACCUGCCUCCCCUGGCUCUCUAUUGCCUGUUGUGCCCAGAGGACUCUGCUGCCCUGCAGUUUCUUAUCAAGUUUAUGGAUAGGAUGGCUGCAUACCCAGACUGGAGGGUAACCAGUGCCCCUAACGAUGAGGUCCCCAUGGCGCACUCUCUCACUGGGUUUGCUACUGCUUAUGACUUUAUUUACUCCUACCUGGAUGAGCGGCGGCGGGAUGUUUACCUCAAGAAAAUUCGCUCUGAGACAGAGGAGCUGUUUGAGCUCUCAAAGUACAGGGGAUGGGGAAAACAGUAUCUCCAGAAUCAUCAGACCACAAACAUAUUAGCCACCUUGACUGGUGCUAUAGUGGUUGGAUCACACAACGACCCGGAGUCAAUGAUCUGGAAACAAGUGGCAGUGAACUACAUGGAGAAAACUAUGUUUCUCUUAAACCAUGUUGUUGAUGGGUCUCUGGAUGAGGGGGUAGCCUAUGGGAGCUACACAGCCAAGUCCAUCACACAGUAUGUCUUCUUAGCUCAACGCCAUUUCAACAUUGACAACCUGCAGAACAACUGGCUGCGGGGACACUUCUGGUUUUAUUACGCCACUCUGUUGCCGGGAUUUCAGAGAACUGUCGGCAUCGCUGACUCCAACUACAACUGGUUUUAUGGUCCGGAGAGCCAGCUCGUUUUCCUCGACACAUUCGUCAUGAGGAACGGGACGGGAAACUGGCUGGCUCAACAGAUUAGAAAGCACCGACCCAAAGAUGGUCCCAUGGGGCAGUCGUCCGCCCAGCGCUGGGCUACACUUCACACAGAGUACAUCUGGUACAACUCCCACCUCAUGCCGCAGCCUCCCCAUGACUUUGGAAAAGCAAGGAUGCAUAUUUUCUCAAACUGGGGUGUGGUUACCUACGGGGCAGGGCUACCGAACGGUCAGGGUAAUACUUUUGUGUCCUUUAAGUCUGGCAAGCUGGGUGGCCGUGCAGUCUAUGACAUUGUUCAUGACAAGCCUUACUCCUGGGUGGAGGGCUGGAACAGCUUUAACCCAGGUCACGAGCACCCUGAUCAGAACUCUUUCACAUUUGCUCCUAAUGGGCAGGUAUUUGUGUCUGAAGCACUUUACGGUCCAAAGUACAGCUAUCUUAACAAUGUUUUGGUGUUCAGUCCAUCUCCUACCAGCCAGUGUAACAAUCCGUGGGAGGGUCAGUUGGGUGAGUGCGCUAAGUGGCUGCGAUGGACUGAUGAGGGGGUGGGUGAUGCCAGAGGGGAGGUGAUUGUCGCCUCCUCACACAGGGACACCAUGUUUGUGAGUGGGGAGGCGGUAUCAGCUUAUUCCCCUGCUAUGAGAUUAAAGAGUGUGUACAGAGCUUUAGUUCUGCUGAACUCACAGACUCUGCUGGUGCUUGACCACGUAGAGAAGUUGAGUGAUUCACCUGUGAAGUCCCUCAGCGCUUUUUUCCACAAUCUUGACAUUGACUUUAAAUACGUUCCUUUCAGAUUCAUGGACAGGUAUAAUGGCGCCAUGAUGGAUGUGUGGGACGCUCAUUAUAAAAUGUUCUGGUUCGACAGCCAGGGUCACAGCCCUGAUACACGGAUACAAGAGGCAGAGCAGGCGGCUGAGUUUAAAAAGAGGUGGACUCAGUAUGUCAAUGUCACUUUUCCGAUGGCAGGCACAGUCAGUCGAGUAGCGUACGUCUUACAUGGGCCUUAUGUCAAAGUGUCCAACUGUAGAUUUGUGGAUAAUAGCAAGAAUGGAGUGAGACUUUCUUUAACUGUAAAUAACACAGAGAGGAUAGUUUCUAUUGCAACAAACUAUAAAGACAUAGGUGCGAGGUUGGCAUAUUUAGGAUUUGGAGGUCACUGCAAAGUUGAGGAUAGAUAUCAAAUCACUCGAUAUGGCCUUGGGACUCAACUGAUCCCCAAACAAAUCAGCAGUGAUAAUCAGCUGUUUGACUUUGGGUUCACAGUCAAUGUGAUAGCUGGGGUUGUUCUCUGCGUGGCCAUAGGAUUUUUGACCAUGCAGAGAAAGUUUUAUGUGUGCUUCGGCAGGCUGAUGCGUUACGCCCUCCUCUCUGUGCUCAUUCUGUGGAUAGCUGAGCUGCUGUUUGUGUCUAACAGCUGCGAUCAGCUUCUCUGUGGGGUAAAAUGGAAAGGUGCGGGUGCCAAAAGCGAAGUAAACAAACAAAUCAGACUGUAUGAACAGCACCGGCUCCCCCUCCCCACUGUCGUCAUAACAACCCUUCCUGGAUCGGGAUCAGAAAUACUCAAGCACCUUUUCUACAACAGCUCGGACUUUGUUUACAUAAGAGUCCCCACCGAGCACGUGGACAUUCCUGAGACGGAGUUUGAGUUUGACUCUCUGGUCGACGCCUGCGAGUGGUCAAGGUCAGAUGCCAUGCAUGGACGGUUUAAGAUUAUUCAGGGCUGGCUGCAUUCGCUGGUCCACAACACCAAGCUGCACCUGCAGAAUAUUCAGCUGGUAGAGGGCAGCAGGGUCAAACAGCCCCAGAGAGUUAGCCCCUCUAGGGACAGAAAGAAAAGAUCCAGACGGAGGGAGCCGGCAUCUGAGCUGAAGGGCAAACUGAGAGCAAGUCUGGACAGAGAUGCAGAGUAUGUGAGGGAGAUGAGACGGCAUGUUGCGGAGUACCCUAACGCCAGGGUGGUCCUCAACAUGCGGAGUGGAAGCUGGGCGCUCAAACUGCCUUUCAUUCAGGAGGUUGUGGGAUCUUCCCUGAGGACAAUCUACUUGGUGAGAGACCCUCGAGCGUGGAUUUAUCUCAUGGUUUAUAACAGCAAACCCAGCCUUUACUCCCUUAAAAAUAUCCCGCAGCACCUUUCCUUGAUAUUCAAGGAGGAUGCUGUCAGUGACGGGUGCCCAGCUGCAGCGCCAGAAUUUAAAAUAAUCCAGAGGCUGCUGUCCCGUUCAGAGACAAACCCCAUCCUGAUACUGGCUCAUCUGUGGCUGGCUCACACCGCAGCAGUGCUGAGGGUCAGCGAGAGCCUCCCAGAGGAGUCCUACCUCCAAGUGAGGUUCGAGGAUGUGGUCAACUUUCCGCAGGAGACGGCAGAGAGCAUACACACAUUUCUGGGGGUGCCUGUGUCACCCGCAGCCCUCAACCAACUCCUGUUCACCACCUCCACGAACCUGUACAAUCUCAUGUAUGAAGGGGACAUUUCACCAGCCAACAUUAACAUGUGGAGACAAAAUAUGCCUCGAAAAGACAUCAGACUAAUAGAGGACGUGUGUGGGAGUGUGAUGAGGAGGCUGGGUUACACCAGGUUUGCCAGUUAACAUGCUGCUGCUGGUCAGCUGAUACUGAGCUGUCUUGUUUACUGUAGCUGCCAUGGAGUUCUGUAAAGUUUUUCUUUUCUUUGCACUGACCUUAAAUUUUAAAAAUAAUGUCACAACUUGAGGAGAAACUGAGUAGCAUUUCUGUCUUUUUAUUGUGUGUGUUUGGGUGUUGUACAGACUACAGCAACAGAUGUUUGUGAGGGAGGAAUACUUAACAUUAAAAUAGGUGGAAGGGAGCUUGUGUUAUUUUCUCCCCCCCCCCAGCCGCCCUUCACACUCACCUCAGACCUUUGCUGUGUUACAUGCAGAGUUGAAGUUGUUCUGUUAUUGCAGCAUCCCACAACAGCUCAGUUUCACAGUGAAGAUUAUUUACUGUUAGUUUUAGUACAAGAUGAGAAUUGAGAGUUUUUCUGUUCACUAAUCUUUAAUGUUAGAGAGAUGUGUGUGUAAAAUCUAUAUCUGUUAUUAGUGGCAUUAUUUAUUUUUUUCUCGGGACGUGGGGGUGGAUCAAGAGAUGCUUACCGGUUUGGAACAAAUAUGAUGCUCAUUAAGAAAUAAGACUUGUUUUUAUUGACAGUCUUAUAAUUGGCAGCUUUGGGAGAGAAUUUUCAAAGAGUAAUUUGGCUGUUAUGAAUUUAAAGGGAUAGUAUGGAAUUUUUUGAUGUGGGAUUUUAUAGAGUACUUAUCCAUAGUCAGUGUAUUACAUACAGUAGAUGUCAGUUGCAGUGCCCCCAGUUUGGAGAAUCAGGCAGAAGUCUGACAAGGAAGCUAAGCAAUAUAUCACAAUGGAUGGGGGUCGGCAAUGAAACGUAUUUUUACCACCAAAUAAAAUGUCCCACCUAAAAAAACUAAUAUCAGUUUGAGUCGACACUAUACUGAGAGUGUUUUUACGGCUUUACCUUUCCAUCAGACAGCCUAUUUCGACUUCAGUUCCCCACCUUUGCUCUUGUAAAAGCCGCCAGACUCCAUUGAGAAAAAAGGGUAGUUUUAGCUCUCCGAACACAGGAGUUGCUGGUCUACCACUGCUUCAAUCAGUCAGUUAAUUUGUGUUAUUGUGUGACUUUGGUGAAUCUGAACUAAGUCUUCAAAUUGGCAAAGUCACACAUACAUGUUUUUUUCAGUAGAGUCUGGCAGUGAAGAGAGCGAUGUAUUGGCCUAACUUUCCUGUUCCAAAUCACUGUCUGACAUUAAAGUAAAGCAGUGAAAAUACUCUCAAUAUAGUGUACACUUAAGCGGAGUUCUUUUUUUUUGGUGGCUGCAACACAUUUUGUUGCUGACCGCUCCACAACAGUACAUUACUUUGCUUCCAUGUUGGACUCCUGCCUGCUUCACCAAACUGGUUGCGAGCUGACUGACAUCUACUGCAUGUAAUAUACUGUUUAUGAAUAAGUACCCCAUACAGGCUCACCUCAAAAAAUUGGAACUAUCCCUUUAAUAUCUGAACUUGGCAUGCUAUUCCCUUUAAAACUUAAAAAAUGCCUCAAUUUUUAAACUCUUUUGCCAAGCAGAGAAAGAAAGGCUGUGCUUUAUUGCUCUAAUAUAGACAUAUGAAUGAUAUGGAUUGUAUUUUCAUUACAUCAGUGGAGGGAUUUUUAUUUGAAGCUCAAAGAUGUCACGAUGGCUCGGCGGCUUAGCACUUUCACAGGAACUCCUUUGAUUGUAUAUGGGAUUCAGUGCAUUCUCCAAAGCUAACUUUACUGUAUGUAGUCGAUUAGCUCGGAAACAUAAAACCUCUGAAGAUAUAUAAACCUCUGAAGAUAUUAUGUGUAGAAGAAAGAAAGUUAGAAGUAUUUAUGGGUUCCAAAGACACAUAUCCCAAAGGAUCAGGGAUGAAUAUGAUUAUUAUAACUCCCUUUGGCAUUUAUUGAAUUAGAUCAGAGGGAAGUGCUUAAUAGGGAUCAAACUGAAGAAAAAACAACCUGUCAGCCUUGACACAUUUCUAGUCAAAGCAAUUUCCAAAGCAUCCCCCUCAGCUACUCAUAUUAAUCUGCAGAACGCCAUAACUGAGGCUUACCCUGUGUUUUAUUGUUGUGCUGUCUUCACUUUCAAGGCCUGAAGGAAAUGCAAACACUUUCCAUUUCCUGUCUUGGUCAAUCAGAUAUCCAAUGAUCUUUUCGGGCCUUUGUCUUGAGAGAGCUCAGCGAGCAUUGGACUGAGCAGGGGAUGAAUAUUAAAUAUAGUUAAAGAAAAAAAAAGUCAGAGACCAUUUCUACUCUGUGAUGUUAUGCUCUUUGGCCUGGGCGAAAAUAUACGCUCCUCAGUCAGUAAGCUUUGAUGCUGUCUUGCUUAAACAUUUCUGUACUGUAAAUGGAUCACAUGUAACAUGCAGAUUACGACUGCAUCUGUACACUCACAAAAAAACCCAUACUGUACUCAUUUGGAAAUAUCCAUCUUUCCUCAGCUAGAAACAGUCCUGUUUGUUUUCUUCUCUACGAACACUGAAACCCUUGACUGCUUGGAAAAAAAAAAACGUUUGAUGUUUGUGGUCUUUGAAUGUGUAGACUUGGCAGACAUGCUUUCACUUUGGUGUUGCAAUCCUGUUACCAACUCUGUUUUGUAUUUGCUCGUGGGGAUAUGGUUCCUUGCUUCUGUGGCCUUGAAUUACAAUCAUUUUCUUUAUAAGGGAUUUUCGGUGGGGCUCUGGAGCAAGAGGUUGAGAUAAUGUAAAGAAAAUAAUAAAUUCAUAA